AAAAAAUAGAAGGCAUCAUCCCCAAGCAUUUUAUUUUGGCGUUGUUUAUGAAAUUUGAGUUGUUUAGUAAGCAGUUAAAAUUAUUUCAUUCGUUUUCGAGUGCUGCCCUUGAUAACCAGCAGUAAAAAGUGUUUCAAAACCUCCAUUGUAAGUUAUUGCCUCAACUAAAACUUAUUAACGAUGUCUCGUCGCGACUAUGAUAAGGACAGGGACGACCUCAAGACCUUCCUAAUGGAAUACUGCAUCGAAAAUACUCAGGGUGGCAAACAGUUCAAGUACUCCGAUCAGCUCCACAAACUGGCGCACCGUGACCAAGUUGCCAUGCAUAUCGAACUGGACGACUUGAACGAUUUCAAUGAGGACUUAGCAGAAGCUGUUAUUAAUAAUUCCAGAAGAUAUGCAUUGCUCCUAUCAGAUAUUGUGUUUGAAUUGCUGCCUACGUUUGUACAGAAAGAUGUGGCGGCCAAGGAUGCUUUGGAUGUUUAUAUCGAGCAUAGGCUGAUGAUGCAACAAAGAAGCAGACAACCAAAUGAAGUGCACGAUCAAAAAAACCAAUUUCCACAGGAACUAAUGAAAAGAUUCGAAAUUUAUUUCAAAGAUUUAUCUACAAGAAAACACCAGCCCAUCCGUGAAGUUAAAGCCGAUCAACUAGGCAAACUUGUAUCAGUCAGAGGUAUUGUCACCAGAAGCACAGAAGUAAAACCAAUGAUGUGUGUAGCAACUUAUACGUGCGAUCAAUGCGGUGCUGAAACCUAUCAGACUAUUACAGGUUUAAGUUUCAUGCCAGAAACUUCAUGUCCCAGUGAUGAUUGUAAAUUGAAUAAAUCCGGAGGGCGGCUAUAUUUGCAAACAAGAGGAUCAAAAUUUGUUAAAUUCCAAGAGGUAAAAAUCCAAGAACAUAGCGACCAAGUACCUGUAGGCCAUAUUCCUAGAACGUUGACAGUGUUUUGCAGAGGCGAAACUACCAGACUUGCUUCGCCAGGAGAUCAUGUUGCGAUUUCUGGUAUAUUUUUGCCAUUGGUUAGGCAAGGAUUCAAACAGAUCACAUCAGGUUUGCUCUCUGAAACUUACCUGGAGGCUCACAAAGUAAUGUUAUUAAAUAAAACUGCUGAAGAUGAAAAUUCUGCCAACCAGUUAACACGCGAAGAAUUAGAUGUACUCACUGAAGACGAUUUCUAUACAAAAUUAGCCCUGUCCAUAGCUCCCGAAAUUUAUGGACAUGCUGAUGUUAAAAAGGCUCUUCUUUUACUUUUGGUUGGAGGUGUUGAUAAAAGGCCAGACGGCAUGAAAAUUCGUGGAAAUAUCAAUAUAUGUUUAAUGGGAGAUCCUGGAGUGGCUAAAUCUCAAUUAUUGGGCUUCAUUGACAGAUUGGCUCCAAGAAGUCAAUAUACCACUGGCAGAGGUUCAUCAGGAGUCGGUUUAACUGCUGCUGUUAUGAAAGAUCCCUUCACUGGAGAGAUGAUGUUAGAAGGUGGAGCUUUGGUUUUGGCUGAUCAAGGAGUAUGCUGUAUUGACGAAUUUGAUAAAAUGGCCGAUGAGGAUCGUACUGCUAUCCAUGAGGUUAUGGAACAACAAACUAUCAGUAUUGCAAAAGCGGGUAUAAUGACGUGCCUCAAUGCCCGUGUAUCAAUCCUAGCAGCUGCUAAUCCUGCGUACGGUCGUUACAAUCCAAAAAGAACCAUCGAACAAAACAUCCAAUUACCAGCUGCCCUUUUGUCGCGUUUCGAUCUUCUGUGGCUAAUUCAAGACAAAGCGGACAGAGACAAUGACUUAAGACUGGCCAAGCACAUUACAUAUGUACACCAGAACUGUAAACAACCUCCAACUGAAACCGAAGCUCUGAAUAUGUCAGUCAUGAGGAAAUAUAUUGCUUUGUGUAAAUUGAAGGAGCCAAUGAUACCUGAAGAAUUGACAGAAUUUAUUGUUGGGGCGUAUGUGGAGUUGAGGCAGGAGGCUAGAAAUUCGCGAGAUAUGACUUUUACAUCGGCUAGAAAUCUUUUGGGGAUUUUGAGGUUGUCAACUGCAUUAGCUCGUUUGAGAUUGUCUAAUGUUGUUGAAAAGGGUGACGUCAAUGAAGCAAUCCGUCUAAUGGAAAUGAGCAAAGAUUCUCUAAAUCAAACGUUCGAGAACAAAGGUUACCGCCCACCAAACGUUAAUGAUAAAAUUUUCGACAUUAUUGGAGAAUUGGCGGGAGGCGAAAAAACAGUUAAAAUAUCUCAAGUACUUGAAAAAUGUGCUAGCAAAGGCUACAAUCCCGAUCAGGUUGAUUCUUGUAUCGAAGAAUAUGAAGAACUCAACGUUUGGCAAGUAAAUCAGACCAGAACAAAACUUACUAUUAUUUAGAUUAAACUGUAUCUUAAGUUUUUUUUCAUGAUUUUGUACUAGUUGUAAGCGAUUUUUUGUAUUGAACAUUUUCAUAGUAAAUUUGUGGGAUUUUUAGUUAGGCAAGUUUUUUUUUUUAAACAAUAUUUUAUUAUAAAACGAAAUGUAAGAAACAUUACAUCAUCCAAAGCGACUAAAUACAUACAAUUAUUAUUGUGCAAAAAAUAACUUCGAUAUUCUUCAAACUUUAGAAAGUAAUCUUUGACUUCUCUUAUCUCCAUAUUAUUUUAUAACAUAUAAAUAUUCUUUACUUUUAUAAUUCCAAUUUUAUUUUACUGAAUAAAUUACAAGCACAAUACAUAUAUAUAUUUUUUUAAUUGUUCCAAAAAUCAACAGGGGUAGGAGGUUAUAUUUUAACAAGUACAGCUGACAGUUUAAAGACAAACUCAAUUAAAACUGAAAAAAAAAUCACCUUGUACACAUUUAAUUAAAAAAAGUAUGCAACUUAAACAUAAAAGUGAUCACAUUUCAAAGAGAGAUAUUAGCAUCAUAAUAUAUAAUACAAUCCUCCAAAGCACUGAAAUCGUUGCUUUACAAGAUUGCCUUUUCUUUUAUCUUUUUAGUACGUAUUAUAAGAAAAUAAAUUAGUAAUUAAACUAAAUUAAUAAAAGCCUAAAAAGUUUUUCUAUGUACUGCACGUUGCCCUUCUUCGUCAAAUUCCCGUUUUGAAAUCCACAUUUUCUUGAAGGUGUCCAAUGAGCCUAAAAUCGAACCUCCUAUCCAUGUGGAGUAGAGCCUUUCUUGUGGUGCAGAGAUCUAUAAGCAUGUUUACAUAAUUACCAGGAAAAAUAAUUCACAUGCUACUUACUUUAAUUUGUACUUCUUUUGGAGAAUUUUUUCUGAUUUCUGACAACAACCUAUCACCAAAGCCUUUAAAAAGUGUGGAUCCACCAGACAAGACUAUAUUUUUAAAUAAGACUUUCCUCAGGUCCAAAUCUGAUUUUUGAAUCGAAUAGAGGAGGACGUCAUGAAGACCUUCACUUUCC